AUUCCGGAACAGCUGAUUUACCGAAACACACCACCGAGGAGGGAGACUGGUCCGACCUCUGAAUUUUUGGUGCCAUUUUCCAAUUCAAGGUUACCAGAUGUCCCUUCUGAGUCUCCGAAGAGCCCUCUCGCCGGCUCGAAUAUCUCGUAGGAGUUUAGCCUCCGAGUCUACGUGGGAACCGCAUGCGAGCGCGCUGAACUUUGGUGAUGAUCAGCAUCUCGUUCGGGAUGCGCAGGUUCCAUCGUCCGCACAAGUUAUCAUAUGCGGUGGCGGCGUCGUUGGGUGUUCCGUCGCGUAUCAUCUUGCACACGAUCAUGGGAUCACAGACGUUCUGCUGGUCGACCGCGGAAAGAUCGGCGGGGGUUCGACCCGCUUCGGAGCCAGUCUUCUGAGUCACAUUAAGAACCGAACAAUCGAAAGUCGGAUGAGCAAGUAUUCAAUCGACCUGUACAAAGACCUCCAGGCCAGAGGACAUCAGACUGGCUGGAAAAAGUGCGGAUCCCUGCAUCUCGCGAGGACCAGGGAAAGGUUAUUCGCCUUCAGACGUAUGGCCUCGAUCGCGCAGAGCAUGGAUAUCGAGGUGAGCGUAAUUUCGCCGCAAGAAGUUCAGAAGAUGGCCCCGAAUAUCUCGACUGAGAGACUCGAGGGAGCUCUCUGGUGCCCUGUUGAUGGCGUCGCCGAUACCCAUGCGCUCUGCAAUAUCUUGGCAGAGGAAGCCGAGAAAAAAGGAGUGAAAAUCAUCGAGGGGCUCUUCAUCGACCGGAUAUUGAGGGACGAUCGCAACAACAAAGUAGCCGGGAUCGAAUGCAAUUUUGGCAAAAUCGACUGCGAAUAUUUUGUCAACGCAGCCGGAUACUUCGGGCGAUUAGUUGGGAAGCUCAGCCGGCCUCAGGUGCAAGUUCCACUAUAUCCUUGCGAGCACCAAUUCCUGCACACUAAACCAGUACCCGGAAUCAAUCACGAUAUGCCUGUGAUCCAUGAUUACGACGGAAAUUUCUAUAUCCGCGUCAAGGACGGGAAGUAUGUCGCCGGAGGCUUCGAACCGAUCUCGAAGCCCGUCGAUUUCGAGAAUCUGCCCGCGAUAGGUAGGGGCUUGCUCCCCGCCGAUUGGGAUAAUUUCUCUAUUUUGCUCAAUGAGAUGUUAUUCCGCAUACCGGAUCUCGUCAACGUCGAAGUUGAGAAACUAUACAACAGUCCCGAAAGCUUCACACCAGAUGGCCGGUGGCUUGUCGGCGAAGCAUCAGAGAUGAGGAACUACUUUAUCGCUUCCGGUAUGAAGUCGAUCGGAAUCGAGGCCGCUGGUGGUGUGGGAAAAGUUACCGCGAGCUGGAUGAUUGAGGGAGAGCCUGAACAAGACCUAUGGGACAUCGAUGUCAAACGAUUCAUAGGUCUCCACAACAACAAGCAAUUCCUGAAAGAGCGAGCGCGAGAAAUACCCGGCCUAUAUUAUAAAAUGCCGCAUCCCAUAUUGGAGUUCGAAACAGGUCGCCAGCUCAGGAUGUCACCGAUAUAUCCACGAUUACGGGAGGCGGGAGCCAUGUUCGGACAAACCAUGGGCUACGAGAGACCAGGAUUCUAUGAUCCUGAGUAUCAGGAGAAAUCCCGACAGGACGCUCGAGUUUCUCACACGAGAACUUUCUUCAAACCCAAAUACUUUGAUAUUCUGCAGAGCGAAUACGAAGCCACCAGAGAACGCUGUGCCCUGAUCGAUUAUUCGUCCUUCACGAAAUUGGAAAUCAGCUCUCCUGAUGAUGAGGUUGUUCGUCUCCUGCAAGAACUUUGCUCAAACGACGUGGACAUCCCUGUCGGUCACAUAGUCAACACCGGCAUGCAGAACGAAAUGGGCGGCUAUGAAAACGAUUGCUCCCUCGUACGACUAGCUCAUAACAAGUUCAUGAUAAUCUGUCCCACGAGGCAACAACAGCGUGCCCAAACCUAUCUCAGGCGGCAUAUCAAGCACAAACCCAUCUGGGUCACCGACAUAACCUCAUCUUAUACCGCAAUCUGUGUGAUUGGUCCGAAUUCUCGCGAUUUGAUGCAACAGCUCACCGGUCUGAAAAUGGGCAUCAAAGACUUCCCCUAUUUCACUUACAAGGAAGUCGAUGCUUGGAUGGCGAACGGUGUCCGGAUGCUUCAUAUGACGCAUACGGGAGAGAUGGGUUGGGUGAUGUACAUACCGAAUGAGUACGCUCUCCACGUGUAUGACCGUCUGGUGGACAUCGGUAAAGACUAUGGGCUACAACACGUCGGUUACAUGGCCAUGAAGACGUUGAGAAUAGAAAAAUUCUUCGGCUUCUGGGGUCAGGACUUCAACCCGACCACAACGCCCCUUGAAUGCGGGCGCGCGUUCCGAGUCAAAUUCGAGAAGGAGAACUUCAUUGGCAAGGAAGCUUUGCUGAAACAGAAGGAGGAAGGGAUCAAGAAACGUUUUGUUCAGCUGUUACUCAGAGAACUCGACGUUGAGACCGAUCCGUGGCCAUGGGGCGGUGAAGCAAUAUAUCUGAACGAUAGAGUGGUGGGCAGAGUCACCACCACUGCGUACGGUUUUACCCUCAACACGCACGUUUGCUUGGGCUUCAUCAAAGACCUUGAUGAAGAAGGAGUUGAACGAGUGAUCACCAAUGAUUACAUCCUCAAGAACGAGUUCUACAUUAAUAUCGCUGGAACGAUGUACCCUGCGAAAGCCAAUAUCCAUUCGCCCGCCCUCGCCUACAAGGGCAUUUCGAAGGAACGGACUUACUUCGCGACUCAAUAGAUCCGG